CUUUCUUGUUGUUUGCUUUCUGGUAAAGAGAAGCAAAAUGGGAGCUCUUGAUUACCUCUCCAACUUUUGCACUGUCACCAACACCAGAAAAAAACGCAAAGCAAUGCAGACGGUUGAAAUCAAAGUCAAAAUGGACUGUGAUGGCUGUGAACGAAGAGUCAAAAAUGCUGUAACCUCUAUGAAAGGUUCAUAUCAUCCGGAAGUUCUCUGCAGUGCAAAGACUGUCGAGGUGAAUCGGAAACAAAGCCGGGUGACGGUGAGUGGGUAUGUUGAACCAAAUAAGGUGUUAAAGAGAGUGAAAAGUACAGGCAAAAGAGCUGAAUUCUGGCCCUAUAUCCCUCAACAUCUGGUUUACUAUCCUUACGUUUCUGGUGCCUACGACAAAAGGGCACCUUCCGGCUUCGUUCGUAACGUUGUUCAAGCUUUUCCGGCCACCAACGCACCCGAAGAUAAUCUUGUUUCCAUCUUCAGUGACGAUAAUGUGAAUGCAUGUUCCAUCAUGUAAGGAAGAAUUUUCAUGGUUUUCUGAGAAAAACAAUAAUAUUUGAAGUUGUUUUUCAAGGCAAUAUCUCUUUGCCAAGAUGUAUCAAAAAGACUUCAUGUUUUUGGCUUGUUAA